UAUGACGUCAUAUUCAGCUCAAACUAUGGCGGGCUGUGUGUAUUCUUGCCGUUAGUUGUUUCCUUUCACUUUUUAAUGACAUAUUGGUUUGUUUCCGACGUUAACUCUUUCAAAUAGUUUCCUUUACGAGCUGGGACAUAUAGGAUGUAACAUUACGUCGACAUUAAAGCGCUGAGCUCCGCCGCUGUUAGCCGUCACCAUGUCCCAGAGCGACGCGUCUCUCCUGGAUGAGGUGGAGCAGUGGAGCCCGGAGACCUGCCGCCGCGAGCUGCCGUCCGUCCUGCCGAAGCUAACCUCUUUGCAUUGUGAGUCUGACAGCUGGGAGGAACACAUACGAAUCCUGAGGAUAAUCACACACGUGGUCCUCCCUCAUGUUGGACUGUCAGAGGUUGAAGAGGACUGUUUCUCUAAGAUUCUACCAAAGGCAGUGUUGAUGUUUCACCGCUUGAUGAAAGACAUCAUGGAUCAAGCUGCCGGACUGUCCAGUCAAAAUACUGAACUGCGUGACUUUCUGAGGACAAUUCUACAGGCGUUGGUGCAGAUAAUCGAUGCGCUGUCCGCUUGUGUUCAUCACGUUUGCUCUUUGGAAGAAGCCCCGGAUCUGCAUCGUAUUCGCUCGCUGCCGACAUGUAUCCUGACGGUCCUGAAGGAAACCUUUCAGCACUGCAAGGACAGUGAGGUGGUUUACUGCGGCCGCCUGUCUUUGGUAGCUGACCUGCUGCAGGGACUCUUCAAAGAAGCUUACGCCCUUCACAAGAGUCUGUUGGAGGUCCUGGAAAAGGUCUCCGUGGACAGCCGAGCUUCUGACGAGGAGGUCUCUGACAUCGUGACAGUAAUCCACAGUCUCCUGGAUAUCUGCUCGGUCAUUUCCAACCUGGACAUCGCUCUGCAUGCAAACACAUGGAAGUUCCUCAUCAAACAGAGCCUGAAGUACCGAGCUUUGGUGGAAGAACAUCUACGUCACGGUGACCUCAGCAGCAGCCUGUGUGACAACCUGCUGAGCUCCUUCCACAGCUGUGUGGAGCUGGCCGAGCAGAUGCAGCUCGCCGCUUUACAGGACUCGACCCAAAGCACCGAGUACAAACUCUUUCAGAAAACUGCAAAGAUGUGCAGGUUUUUUGCGAACACUCUAGUUCAUUAUAUAAAGGAAUUCAAGUAUUUUCUGACCAAGUACUGCAGCAGAUUUCACCAAGUCUACCUCCAGAUUCUCAGUAAAUUCCCUCCCAGCCUGAGCGCUCCCGCUCUGCCGGCCGCUCUCUCUGGGGAGCUGAGUGCCGCCGCUCUGGUUCCGAUGGACGCUUUCCUGCUGCAGUUGUUGCCUUUGAGGGAGUUUGCUGAACUUGUUCUCCAGGUGGACCUGCAGUUGAACCCGCAGCAUGAACUUCCACAUUGUCUCCUGCUGGUGAGCGUCAUGGGUCAGCUGAGCUCUCAGCCCGAGGAAGUGCUGCAGCUCUGGUUCGCUGGCAGCCGAUUCCCAGAGGAGACCCCCAGGCUUCCUCUCUACAAAGCCGUCUUUGACCGCUUCCGUCGAUGCCAUGUGGAGCGUAAAGUACCGGUUCUGUUGCCAGGGGUGAUGCUGAAGGGUCAGGCCCAGGUCCAGGUGUCUCUGCACCGCCACAUCUGCGUGCAGCUGUGCGCCAGCGUCGCCGCUCUCCUUCCAGAGCAUUUCCCCAUGCUGGAGCGCUGCCUGAUUGAUGCUGUCCUGCAGGCCGACACUCAGACCGCCCUGCUGGCCACAGACGUGUGGUGCUUCACAGCCCGAUACGGCUCUGCAGAGCUCUGCUUCCAUCAUGUCCUCCUAGUAGCUCAGCUGGUAAAAUCGUGCCCCUCUGACUGUUACCGGAUGUCCCACCUGGGAAUCCUGUUAAAACGUUUGGUUUUUCUUAUGACGCCCAAACAUCAGGAGCAGCUCGUGGAACGUUUCCCCCCGUCUGAGCUGGAGAACCGGGCCGUGUGGCAGAACGUCCUCUUCAGAGCUCUGUCGCAGGACACUCGCCUCCGCGUGGAGACCCACAUGAUUCGUCUGGCCCAAAGCGCUUUGACCGCCUGGAAAAACGGCGGAUACAAGCUGGUACACGUGGAUCAAGUGAAUGUGGCGCUCUUGUCCGUCCUGUCCGUGGUGAGAGGGCAGACAUCCGUCACAGACCAGCUGGCUCAGCCCGCGGUGGAAAUGCUCACAGACGUCUGGUUCCGAAUGAGCCCGGCUCAGGUCCAGAGCUGCUCUGCGCUGCAGGACACGCUGCAGCUGCUGCUGUCGGCGACGGCCGUUCUGGUGAAGAACACCGGACCUCACGUCCUUAGUCAGGCUCUGUCGUGUCUGGACGGCGUGGUUUCUGCGGCGUGUCCGGAUCACCUGCUGCUGGCCGCUCUGGACUUCCUGUCCUCCGUGGGGAAGAUCUUUGUUCCUCCGGACAGUCAAAGUCAGAUUCUUCCGAAGCUCAGCGGUCUGUUUGGACUCCUCCUGGACGCCCAGUCCUGGUUGGUGCAGCAGCGCGCCCUGGAGGCCUUCUCUUUUUUUGCAGAGAACACAAACCACGAGGAGGUCAUCUCCCAGAGUCUGUGUGUGGAGGAAACAAAGACCAGAGUGGUCCAUUACCUCAGUAAGGCUCUCCGUACUCAGGAGGACGGCGAGCUGCGUCUGCAGAGGCUCAGAGACGAGAGUUUGCUUCUUCAGAACUUCCUCCAAAAGCUGGAGAGCGCAGAGGCGGUCUGCAGUCGACCUGCAGCUGACAGCGAGGCCGCCGCCGCGUCUGAGCCGUGUCCUAAAAGAGCUCGUCAGGAGUCCAGUGGCGAGGAGGAGUACAGCCGCCACCUGCAGACGGCCGAGAACGCUCUGAAGGCCCUCCAGGUUCUCCUUCAGGGUAAACGCCGCUCGGACCCGCCUCCUCCGCUGUGGCUGGAGCCCAGACUCCAGGAGCUGCAGACCCUCAUGACACACAUCACUUCCUGCACGUCCACAAGCACGUAGCUUUGAGCUCCAAUGUAAAAAAACCCGAUUCUGAACAGAUUUCUGCAGCUAAAAGCUGUUUUUGUGUUAAUAAAUGAGGUGUCACUUUCUUAGAA